CGGGGUUCUUCGCUGUACUCUUUAGUAGCAUCAUUUCUCGGUUACGCGCUUCUGCGCCAGCGGGCGCGCGCCCUCGUGCUCCGCCAACAUAAGUCGCUUUUGCUUUUAUUUCUUGUUUUUUUAUUUAGCGAUUAAGAGUCCGAGUCCGAUCCUUUUCCUUUGCUUUGCGAUUUAUGCCAUAAUUCAUCUGUGGACGUGGGGGCGGCGAGCCUAGGGAGCCUGGGGGUGGGGAGGAGGCGAGGAGACGAGGAGGAGACGAGACGCACCGACCGGACCGAACCGGGCUGGACUGGACCGGGUCCCACAGUGUCGAACACACAGAGAGACUCGGUUCGAACCCAGGACGCGGGGGUCUUCAGGGGAGCUGGAGGGGGAAGAGGAAGAGGCUCGCGGUGCCUUUCUGCCACCGUCAUCAGCCUCGGCAUCGGCAUCGUCAGCGGCGUCAUCAUCAUCAUCCUCGCGAGGGACACGACACGGCACGGGACGGGGGGCCUGAUGGGAGCAGCGCGAGGCUGAGGGGGUCCACACACCGUCAUCCGUGUGAGGAGAGAAGAGCCGAUCAGACAGACAGAGGACAGUGAAAGAGAAGGAGCAGAGGACUGAGAGGUCCUGAUUGGCUCACAGCUGGCGUGACCCAAAAGCCAGUGACCAAUCAGCGAUGGGCGAGUUGGAGCAGCUGCGGCAGGAGGCGGAGCAAUUGAGGAACCGGAUUAGGGAUGCCCGGAAGGCAUGCGGCGAUUCAACCCUCACGCAGAUCACGGCCGCGCUGGACCCUGUCGGACGGAUCCAGAUGCGAACGCGGCGCACACUUCGUGGACAUCUGGCUAAGAUAUACGCCAUGCACUGGGGCUGCGACUCCAGGUGCGUGUCGCCGAGACGCCUUCGACAGCCGAGCUGGCUACUGGUCAGCGCCUCCCAGGAUGGGAAGCUCAUCAUCUGGGACAGCUACACCACGAACAAGGUGCACGCCAUCCCGCUGCGCUCUUCCUGGGUGAUGACGUGCGCCUACGCCCCCUCGGGGAACUACGUGGCCUGCGGAGGGCUGGACAACAUCUGCUCCAUCUACAGCCUAAAGACCCGCGAGGGCAACGUCAGGGUCAGCAGGGAGCUGCCGGGUCAUACAGGUUACCUGUCCUGCUGCCGCUUCAUUGACGACAAUCAGAUCGUCACGAGUUCGGGAGACACCACCUGCGCAUCAUGGGACGUCGAGACCGGGCAGCAGACCACCGUGUUCUCGGGCCACAGCGGCGACGUGAUGAGCCUGUCCCUGUCCCCGGACUCGCGCUGCUUCGUGUCCGGCGCCUGCGACGCCUCCGUCAAAUUGUGGGACGUCCGGGACAGCGUGUGUCGGCAGACCUUCGGCGGGCACGAGUCGGACAUCAACGCCAUCUGUUUCUUCCCCAACGGAAGCGCCUUCGCCACGGGCUCCGAUGACGCCACCUGUCGGCUCUACGACCUGCGCGCCGACCAGGAGCUGAGCCUCUACUCCCACGACAACAUCAUCUGCGGCAUCACCUCGGUGGCCUUCUCCCGCUCGGGACGCCUGCUGCUCGCCGGCUACGACGACUUCAACUGCAACGUCUGGGACGCGAUGAAGGGCGACCGCGCCGGGGUGCUGGCAGGCCACGACAACCGAGUCAGCUGUCUCGGGGUGACGGACGACGGCGUGGCCGUGGCUACGGGUUCCUGGGACAGCUUCCUUAAGAUCUGGAACUGAAGAACUCGCUCACACCCACACACACCCACACACACACUGGUGCUGUAUUGUACAUAAUACCACGGCAUACAAGUAUACAGCAUACCUUGGUUAGCGCGCGCACACACACACACACACACACACACACAGCACGUGUAUUAAAAAACAACAAACACACAUUGCACAACCAACACAAACCAACAGAUAAAUGGGGACCCACAGAUAUGGACUCAAAGAACUUGAGGAGAUUCAGCUUUGGAGAAGAUGAAGAAAAUGUGGAGAGAAAAUCGCCGCCGCGUCACACCCGACUUCUUCCGCCGUGGGGGCGGAGCGAGGGCGCCCCGGCCCCGCCCGCGGCCCCGCCCGCAAACCCGUACCGUCUCCGCCCUACGACA